CCUCCUGCUUGGGUUCUUAUAGCAUCGGAGAAGCAAGUAAAAAGGAGGGAAACAAGGCAUGUUGCUUGGAAAGAGACCUCGGCCUCUGAUGCGGUGAACGACGAGCAUGACCGAGUCCAUCCCUGAUGUUGGAGUCAUUGAAACGAUGAAGCCUCAAGCUGAGCAAAACCAGAGAACGGCUGCGCCGGUGGAUGUCCCCGAGUGGCUUACCUCUAAGUAUGUGGUGGCGGUGGCCAGGCCCAGAGCCAGGCACCGGAGGAAUUCUGCGGAUUUCUCUGUUGUUGAUACUGCGCCUUUUCUCAAGGCUUGUAGUCUUUGCAAGCGUAGGCUUGGGCCUGGUAGAGAUAUCUUCAUGUAUAGGGGUGAGAUGGCCUUCUGCAGUCUGGAAUGCAGGCAACAGCGGAUGAACUAUAAUGAACGGAAAGAAAAGUGCUCAUUGUCAUCGAUGAAGAAAGACACUCCGUCGGUGUCCACCGGAAAUGAUUCCUCUAGCAGUGGUGAAACUGUUGCAGCAGCUUGAAAAUCAAGGGAGUAGAGAUCUUCUCCGACUU